AUGUAUUGUGGAAAUAUUGCUCCUGUCUUGCUUUUUGAGUGUAGCAUUGUGAUUUUGGAGAAAGCUCAUAAGGACGGCCAGAAGAAGAACGAAGAGACUAUUUCAAGUGUGGCUGCUGAGAUUAAGUCUAUGAUUGAUGAAUUGAAGUCCAAAUUUGACAAAGAUAGACAAGGUUUUUCUAAAGCACUUUCGAAGAGCUCAAAAGAGUUUGAGAAAUGUUUGAAAAAGGAAACUUCCAAGUUCCAAACACUUUAUCAGCAAUUUUGCAAGGAAAAUUCAACCCAUUUGCAGGCAUUGAAACAUACCAUUUCCAAGUUUGAAGAAGAGAAGGAAAGGCUUUUAAUGCGAUAUGAACAAAUGAGAAAGAAAGAAAAGAGUAUGAUGUCAGAACAUGAGAAAGCUUGCGGAGAUAAAAUUACUCGAUUGCAGGAGUCUCUGAAAAGGAAAACUCAGGACGACAAAACUUUCAGCAUUUUGAGGAAAACUUUGGGUUCCCUUUUUGAGAAUGCCUCGGAUGAGGAUAUCCCACCUGAUGAUUAAAGCUUUGCUUCAGUGUUGGCAUCUCAGAGAAAAGGAAAAACUGACCACUCUUUCAACCUGAUUCAAGAUAUGUCCUUUAAUAUCUUCCUUAUUACACUAUCUCUAGAUAGUAGGAAAAACUUAAAUUGUCCAUAGUUAAUUUCCAUUAACAAUUCUCGACAGUCAAUAUUGAAUAUUCAAAUGUUUUCUGCUCUACACAAACAA